UCAUUUCCACCGACUUCGGUUUCACCCUCACCUAAAACUUGGGGCAUCUAGAAAAUCACUUUCCACACGUUUUUUCAAAAAAGCGUAAGCGAGACUUUUAGGUUAUUUUUGAUGCGCUACACGAUGGGCAAAGUGGAAUUUUCGCGGCAAGAUGCUCUGUAUAAAGUGGGCGGACCUGCGCGGAAGGACCCUCUCUUUACAUGUCAUUUUCAGGAUAUAGUACAUUACUGCAUUCAUCUAUGCACAUUCGAAGGGCGAAGUAUAAAGUCUUACCUUUGAUUGAUUAUCACAGUACCCUAAGUGCUUAAUUGUUUCUCCCCUCCUCCUGCUUUUUCGUUCAAGUUUUGCUCAGGUCGUUACUUCGGACUUCAUGUCUUAUUCUUAUUUUCUUCCUUUAAACUAUUCAACGUUUCUUUUGUUUUCUGUUCUUAGCAAAUUUUGUCCCAAUUAGCUAAACGUGGUCACAAAAUAAAUUGUACUGCCUAUGGUGGUGCGGUCGUACAAGGUAUCGAAUGGCGAGAUGACGCACAAGAGCUAUGGGCAAACAGUGAUGUUAGAAAAGGCGGUGCACCGAAUGGCUAUUAA